AUGGAAAAACGUAAAAGGCGUAAGGCUAUAAAAUCGUGUGCCUUUUGUCGUAGGCGUAAAUUACGUUGUGAUCAGAAGAAACCUCGUUGUUCAACGUGUGUUGCUCGUAACUUGGCAGAAUGCGUUUAUUCUCAGGGUUUGCAACAUAAUGCCAGUACGGAGACUAGAGAAUUGGUUCCAUUACCGGGGUUUGGGGAAUCUACAACUACUUAUAAUGUUACUAUAGAACCAUUGGCUGGGGCUUCAAGAAAUCAGCUGGAUACUUUCUUCACCUUGCAAUGUAAGGAAUCCGGUAGGAAAGUCUAUUACGGACCAACUUCUGCUCGAACACUUAUGGCAAAGAAUGACUGGGGUUUACUUGAACGGUUUCGUCAGGCUACAACAAAAAUUAAGACAGCGAGGAUAGAUUUUAAGAAGAAAAAUGGGGUUUCUAUGCUUCGGGAGUUACAAACAAUAGAUACGCCUCAGAGUAUUCAACAAAUUGUACCGGUCCUUCCAACUUAUGAGACUAUUUUGCGAUGUGUUCAUGAUUUUUUCGAUAAUCCAUGUUUGUACCCGCAGAAUAGUGGCCUGGAUAAGCGGAAAGUGUUUCAGGAUCUGGAAGAAGGGCUUGUAGUAGGUCAGCAGCUGGUACCAGGUGUUGAAAGGGCAGUGGUAGAGUUGAAACCAGGGCCAAAAUGUAAUUAUUACCGUUUAGGGGUUAUCUUUUCGAUACUGGCGCUUACUCACUAUUAUGAGGAUUUACCGCUACCGCUGGAAUCGUUCUUCGUCUAUCUCGCUGGCUGUAACACGGCAAAGGCGAUGUAUGUUGAAAGAUGUCAGACUUUCCUACUGCGAUUCACUUAUCGUUUGGCGCAUGGUUAUAACGGCGGUGAUAAUAGUCAUCUGAUGCUCUUGGUCGAUAAUAUGAUUAAUACGGCGAUCUAUCUUGGGCUGAACAAAGAUAUCUGUAUCCUUUAUCGGGGGCAGGAAGCGACGGCUGGAUCACUCGACUCGCUCCAAGCUUUGUGGUAUUGGAUCUUACUUGCAGAUUUCGAUAUUGCUCUUAAUAUUGGAAGACCUCUAAGGAUUUCACCGUAUGACUACGACGGUCCGUUAGUUGAUCAUACCGAUGCGUUAUACGGUGUAAUGGGAAGGUUCCUUAAAAUUGCAAGACAUAUUAUAUGCGAUAUUCACAAUAAGAAAAGGACCCCAGAGCUAGAUGUCCAUUGCGAAACUAUAAUCACAUUCAUAGAACAUGAAUUUUCACCGUUUGAACUCUACACCGACCCUGCACUCAUGCAAAUUCAUAAACUUCCUCACAUGCACAUACUUUGUAACGCUCUGUCGUUACUUUCAACCUGUUAUGGUCUACGUUGGACGGCGCUGAAAUGUUCAACACCAAGUGUCAAAAAUGGGGCCGUGAAAGCGAUGCUUUUAUCUUACUCCGUAAUAAGCAGUAUCUCCAAAUUUUGCUUCGAGCAGGAUAGGGUGAAAUACUCACACAUGUUGGUCCCGGAGUGCAAGAAUAUUACGCCGUACCUCACGGGUGGAAUAUCCAUUUGGUGUACUCUCUUCGUAAGGAUAUUGAUGUUUUUUUACGGAUUCGCUCACUCGGAGAUGACUUUAUUUGAAAGUGGGCCGGUCUUUACGCAAAAUUCGAGUCCAACUGAUGAAUGUGAUCUCAGUAAUCUUAGGGGUCCAGAGGAUCGAGCAAUUUCUUUCUCCACUUAUUUCAAUAUCGCAUGCGAGAAACUAGACACUUUGGCGGCUACAAAUGAUCCGCACAUGAAGAUGGUAUUGCGUCGUUCACGGUUUUAUGUUUUAUUAAUGGGGAAGGAUAAAAUACUCAGGGUUUUGACUAAGACUGCGGUCGAAUGCAGAACCAACGCUGAGACUUCGUGGCUCACCAAUUCGAAGGGUAAUCAAGUGAUUACAAAUUUACAAUCACCAGAAGAUAGUGUUGAACCCAUACUUGCACCAGGUAAAUCGGUUGAACAAACUGGCGACGGAAUUUCAACAGAUUUUAGUCUAAGCCAGAUGCAAGUUAAUCUAAUGGCGAGCCCCGCUGCCGACCCUGGCACGGCGCAAAUGAUAGCCGAUGAAUUUUGGCAAAGUUAUAACUUAGGUUGGCAAGAGAUACUCGAUAGUGCAGAAGGGCUCGAUCUGAUAUCGGAUUUUAUGGUUUAG